UAACAUGAAUACUAUAUAGAUAUAUAACUAUAGCUGUUUGUGUGAAUAUGAGGUUUUAUAUAGUCUGGAAUCUCAUGAAUUUUGUCAAGGGACUUUUAAACCAAAAAUAGAGAGAGAAAAAAACUACCCACAUUGACUUCUUCCCAGUGCCCCCAAAACUGCUGAAUCUCAAGUACCACUGACAGAAACAGGUACAAGACAGGAAAAUAUUGUUACCAAAGAGGACCAAUGAUGUACAGGGGACAAUAGCCAUGAGAGUCAGUAAUAAAACCUAUGACCCUAGAUGUAUAUAUAGUAUCUUAAUAAUAUUGGAACAGUAUUAGGCUUUAAUAACUUUAGUAGCAUUAUACUAAGCAUUACACUAAGACUUUGGGGAUCCUAUGUAUAUAAGUGCACAAAGUAACAGGAGAACAAAGAAGGAAAGGAAGACAUAGGGGACAAGAGCUCAUAACACACACAUCCAUGAAUUUCAUAGGUGUCCAAAUUAAAGCAAACUAACUACAUCCUCUAGCAGAAGACAAGAGGAUACAUAGUGCAGUGGGUACAGUCUUGAAAUUGAAAUCAAGAAAAUCUGAGUUCCAAUUCUGAUGAACAUAAUAGCUAUGUAACUAGGAGAAAGUUAUAAAAAUUUUCAGCUUGUUUUCUUAUCUAUGAGAAAUAUAAAAUUGGGAGUUUUUUUAAACCAUUACCUUCUGUCUUAGUAUCAUCAAAUCUUAGACAGAAGAGCAGCAAAGUCUAGGUGAAUGGGUUAAAUGAUUUGCCCUGACUCACACAGCUAGGAAGUGUCUAAGUCCAGAUUUUAGCCCAGGUUCCCCUGACUCCAAGCCUGCACAAGGUGCACUAUCUACUACAUAGCUGUCCCAGAAUGGAGUGGUGGGAUAUGGUUUAGGGUUAAUAUUACGCUUACUUCACAGAUUAUUGUGAGGAUCAAAUGAGAAAAAAAUUAAGUGAUUUGCAAAAAAGUUUAAGUGAUUUAGUGUUAUAUAAAUGUUAGUUAUCAUUAUUAAAACAAACAUUAAGUGAAGUAGCAUUUCUGGAAAGACAAUGACAAUAUUUGGUCUACUAAAUGUGCCCAUAACAGGUAGAAUGAAAAAAGAGAAAGAUUUUCAGAUAAGGGAAUUCUCCAUUUCUUAUUAGCUUGGAGAAUGUGGGAAAGUGGAUCAUUGUCAUAUAAUUAAGUGCUCCAUCCCAUUUACUGAAGCAGGCCUAUCUACUACCUGACAAAACCCAAGAGAAAAAGUCUAUAGAGCUGUUUAGCUUGUAACAAACCACUAUCAGUUGUCUCCAUGGCCAACUCAGUAGGGACUCUGACAUUAUUCCCCAAAAUAAUUUAUUCUUUCUAGGAUUAAGCUCAUUCCUAAAUACAGUAUCACAAGUUGUCAAUCAAAUAUCCCUUCAGGGGACAUUAAUGAAAAAACAGUUUUAGAAUAUCUCUAUCCAUCCAAUCAUGGUGUUAAUUCACACAAUACCCACCUAUUUCAAAUUUCAUUGUGGCUUUAGGAGAAGAGAAUCUCUUAAACAAAAAAACUUUUUCUAUAACCAUGAAAUCAUAGCUGAAUUUUUAACAUUGGUGGAAAAAAGGAGGGAUCGGUAGUAAAUAGUAUCUUAUUGCACUAGUAACUUGGUUAUUGUCUUAUCUUAUUAGAGGACAUAAUGCAAAAUAUUCUCUGAGGUUCUGGUUUAUAUUUUGCCAAACCAUAUCACUAUUAAUAUAGUAACUACCCAUUUUUAUUGAGCAGUACAGAAUGCAAUAGAUAAAAUAUGCUGGGACUAAAACUAUAAGUGAAGCCUGCUCUUAGCCCUGAUUUUUCCUUCUAUUAUCCAUUAUUUUCUUUCUAAAUUACUGGAAUGGGUGGGGUCAAAAUGGAGGUGUAGAGGCAGCAAAAGUUCAGACCUCUGAAAACCCUUCAUUACCGAUUAAAACUGAAUACUCCUAGGGGACUGAAAAUCAAACCUAACAACAAGACAGAACCAAGGAACCCCCCUGAUGGACUCAAUUAAAAAGGUAUGUCCACCAAAAGCUGGAAUUCAAGAACACUCAGGUUUAAGGGGAAGGAAGAAGGAAGGUCCCAGAAACCUCUCCUCACCUAGAGUGCUAAGCCUCCAGGGAAGCAGGAACCCCUGGGUGGGCAAAGGUGCUUGUCUGGAGGGUGUACCUUGUGGGCAGGGUUGUGCCAGGCUCAGAGCUUUGAACACAGGUGGUGGGGAAGGAGCUGGAGAGGGAACACUGAGCAGCAACCUGGUCACAGCAGUGUAGACCCUCCAUAUUGCUCCCACUUUCCAGGAGGUUUUGGCCUCAGGGAACAUCCAGCCCAAACCAGUGAACUUAGACCCAUCAAAAGUCUUAAUAGGUUGGGGAAUACCAAGUUCCAACACCCCUCUUUCACAGACUGCUGGACCUUAAUCCAAUCAAAAGCAUCCAGAGAACAGGGAAGCUCAAAUUUUAACACCCAUCCCCUACAAACUGCACUGAGAGAUCUCCUGACAAAGCUCCAAGAGGGGAGAAUGACAGAAAGCCCCCAAACCAAAAUAAUGAGAGGAGCAAGAGCACAGACAACUGAGGGGGAGCAAAGAAGGUAUAAAUAUGAGCAAACAACAGAAAAAGAAAAAAUAAAUUACAGUAGACAGCUUCUAUGCAGGCAAUGAACAAAGAGCAAAUGGAACCAAGGAGGAUCAAGGAACAUCAAGCAAAAACACAGAAACUAAAGCAAAUUGAACACAGACUUUGGAAGAACUCUAAAUAAAAUUCAAAACAAAAUUAAGGGAGACUGAAGACAACUGGUAAAAGAACAUAAAAACUAAGAUAAGUCUUCUGGAAACAGACAAUAGUGUCUUGAAAGUCAAAAUCAACCAGCUUGAAAAUGAGGCAAAGGAGAUGAAAGAUGAGGCAAAGAGGAUGAAACAUGAGGCAAAGGAGAAGAAUGAUAAGGUAAAGAUAAUGGAAGAUGAAGCAAAGGAUAUGAGAGAUGAGAUAAAGAGAAUGAAAGAUGACCUCCAAAGAAAAUCAGUCCAGAAGGAGAAGGAUGACCAAAAAGCCAGGAAUGAAAUCCAGUCUUUAAGAACCAGAAUACAACAACUAGAAUUAAGUGACCUCACAAGGCAGCAGGACACUAUAAAACAAAACCAAAAGAAUGAAACUAUUGAGGAAAAUGUGAAGCAACUCAUUCACAAAACAGAAGAUUUAGAAAGUCGUUCCAGGAGAGACAACUUAAGAAUCAUUGGUCUACUAGAAGACCAUGACAAGAGAAAAAUCCUGGACAAAAUACUACAGGAAAUUAUUUAAGAAAACUGCCCCAAUAUUCUAGAACAAGAGGGAAAAGAGGAGAAUGAAAGAACCCACAGAUUGCCUCCUGUACUUAAUCUCCAACUGACAAGACCCAAGACUGUUAUAGCCAAAUUCAAGAACUAUCAGACCAAAGAAAAGAUAUUACAAGCUGCCAAGAAGAAGUCAUUAAGAUACAAUGGAACCACAGCGAGGAUAACACAGGAUCUGGCUGCAUCCACAUUGAAGGAUCAAAAAGCAUGGAAUAUGAUAUUCCAAAAAGCAAGGGAACUAGGUCUACAACCAAGAAUCAACUACCCAGCAAAACUGACUAUAGUCUUACAGGGGAAAGUAUAGUCAUUCAACAAAAUAGAAGAAUUCCAAGAAUUUGUAAAGAAAAGACCAGACCUGAACAGGAAAUUUGAUGUCGAAGCACAGAACUCGAGAGAAUCAUCAAAAGGUAAUUAAAGAAUAGGGAAAAAAGAAAAACAAAACAAAACAACAAAGAAAUCCAAAUUUUUUUAAACAGACUCAAUAAGUUAAAAUGAUAUAAUCCGUAUAAGAAAAGAGGUCAUUGAGGCUAGGGACGGCAGCUGGAGUGGGGGGGUGAGGGGUGGAAAGGACCGGGACUGGUCCCGGGAGCUUUAUCUCCUUGGCCCUGGGGCCGGCUGCGCUAGAGUGGAUUGGGGAUUGGGUGCGCGUGUACCAUUUUCCGCCUGAGUGCGAAGCUACGCUCCCUCGCUCGCUGUUCCCUGCCUCCGGAAAAGCUGUUCUCCAGUUACCCAGUGUAAUGAUGGGGGAAGAGAAAACUUCUGUAAGAAGUCGCUGUCUUACAUCCAAAGAAAAUGACGAAGAAAAGAAAAGUCCACCCAAAGAAGACACUCUACAUACAUCAGAAGAGACUUGUCAGACCCCAGAAAAUAGUAAAUUUGACAGUGAACAACACCUGAAAAAGAAGAUACUGUUGACAGUAGAGGCAGAGCAGUUGAAGCCAUAUUUUAUGAAGGAAGUAGGCACUCAUUUUGAUGAAUUUGUGACCAAUCUUAUUGAAAAAUCAGCCUCCCUGGAUAUCUCUGGGUCUGUGAACACAUCCUUUGCUGUUCUCAAUGGAGGGAAGAAUCACCACAGAGAUGUGAUUCUGAGAAACCCUCCAGAACAAGGAAAACUUUUCAUUAUGAGAAAGUCUCUGUUGGAUGAGCUAUUUGAGGUAGACCAUAUUCGGACAAUAUAUCAUAUGUUUAUUGCUGUCCUCAUCCUCUUCGUUCUCAGCACAGUUGUAGUGGAUUACAUUGAUGAAGGAAGGUUGGUCCUAGAAUUCAGUCUCCUCUCUUAUGCUUUUGGCAAAUUACCUCAUGUAGUUUUGAUUUGGUUGUACAUGUUCCUAGCUACAUUGAUCAUUUCGUAUGUUCUACUUGAACGCUGGGCCAAGGGAUAUACCGAGAGCUCCCGUCCAUUUUUCCGUUCUUUCUGCUAUGGGAUGCUUUUCAUGUUUUUCCAGAUUUUAGUUUUGGGAUGUGGAUCAACUUAUACUGUAUUGGCCUAUACAUUGCCACCAGCUUCCCGAUUUAUUGUCAUUCUUGAACAGGUACGGUUCAUUAUGAAAGCUCAUUCAUUUAUUCGGGAGAAUGUUCCUCGGGUUUUGGCUGCUGCUAAGGAAAAAUCACGCACUGUUCCAGUACCCCAAGUCAGCCAGUACUUGUACUUUUUGUUUGCACCUACUCUUAUCUAUAGAGACAAUUAUCCCAGGAAUUCCACUAUCAGAUGGAGUUAUGUAGCUACCCGGUUUGCACAGGUUUUUGGUUGCUUGUUUUAUACAUAUUACAUCUUUGAAAGACUCUGUGUUCCCUUGUUUCGGAAUAUCAAACAAGAGCCCUUCAGUUUGCGAGUUUUGGUUCUGUGCAUAUUCAACUCCAUUUUGCCAGGUGUGCUGAUGUUAUUUCUGUCCUUUUUUGUGAUAUUGCACUGUUGGUUUAAUGCUUUUGCAGAGAUGUUACGCUUUGGGGACAGGAUGUUCUAUAGGGAUUGGUGGAACUCAACAUCAUAUGCCAACUAUUAUAGAACAUGGAAUGUGGUGGUUCAUGACUGGCUCUAUUAUUAUGCAUACAAAGACUUCCUAUGGUUUUUUAGCAGGAGGUUCAAAACAGCUGCCAUGAUGUCUGUCUUUGCAGUGUCUGCCAUAGUGCAUGAGUAUGCCCUGGCCCUGUGCUUCAGCUUUUUCUAUCCAGUCCUCUUUGUACUUUUCAUGUUCUUUGGAAUGAUUUUCAAUUUCAUUGCCAAUGAUAAUCGAAAGCGACCUAUUUGGAACAUCAUGAUGUGGACAUCUCUCUUCUUGGGGCAUGGAAUCCUAGUGUGCUUAUAUUCUCAUGAGUGGUAUGCACGUCAGCAAUGCCCUUUAAAAAAUUCCACAUUUCUAGACUACAUAAGACCACGCUCUUGGACAUGUCACUAUGUGUUUUGAAAACCUGAAGUUUUUUUUCCUUGAUUGAAUGUAUGUGCCACCUGAUUCUGGAGAAGCAGCUUUUUACUUAGAAAUAAAAAGCUAUGCCGCGUUGAGUACAAUUGGGUUACUGCAAGGGACUCCGUCCAUUUAUAGGUGACAAAGGUGCCUGUGCCAUGCCAGUCACCUAAAGCCAAGAUAAUGAGUGAAGUCCAGCAGCAUCUUGUUAAGCAGGAAUUUUCCUCUCUUUGGAGAGUAAUCUCUAAGGUACAGACAGAUUUUUGACCGAGUCAGUUCUACACAAAGCUUAAGGGUUAUAUUCAUUCAUUAUUUAUCUCUCUGUACUCAUUUAUUAAACACUUGGGUAUGUUUUUUAGUGACUGAAGUAGCCAAAACACAUGUGAAAAGGUCAUGCUUUGAAUAUCUGUUGUUUGCAACUUAUUUCUCUGAACAUUGUUGUUAUGUGUGUUGAUUAAAAAUGUAUUUGAAAGAGAA